AGAUGUCAGCCUCCUAAUCUCCACAGGUUUGGUUUGUGUUUUUUUAAUAUCCCCUCUUGCUGACUUUCUUUCAACCAACAUUUCCUCCCACUGCUCCAUGAUGACAUUUCCAAGGCUGUCCUUUUAACAUACAUCUCUCAACCUUUACCUUGCUUCAGCCUCUGGUCCUGCCACCCCUGACUCGGCGGAAAAUGUAACCCAACACCUGUCCCCGGAGUCGAGCCGGAAAGCCUGGAGGACGUGGGACGGCAGCAUGGGGACACAGCACAUGCCUCAAUCCCCGAACGUGUUUUCAGAGCACUCCGCAGGAAGCAACAUGUCUCCGGGAGGCGUGGGACACCUCAAGUCCCCGGCACCCGGACGCACCAGGAGCGUGUCAGAUUCCUCCGCUCCCAGGAGAGGUGAAUCAAAAACUCUUUCAGACUCUGUGACAAAAACCUCCACCCCUUCCUUCAGUAAAAAUGGCAAGACAGCAGGUCCGCAAGGUGCGCCGUGGGAGACACUGGUGGUGUUCGCCAUCAACUUGAAACAGCUCACCGUCCAAAUGAACAUGAGCAACGUCAUGGGAAACAACACCUGGACCACGAGCGGGCUAAAGAGUCAGGGCCGGCUGUCGGUGGGAAGCAACCGGGACCGAGAGAUCAGCAUGUCCGUGGGCCUCGGCCGCUCCAAGCUCGACUCCAAGGGCGGGGUGGUGGGCGGCAACAUAGACGUGAACACCCUGGAGAUGGUCUCCCACAUCUCGGAACACCCCAACCAGCAGCCUAGCCAUAAGAUCCAGAUCACCAUGGGCUCUACAGAGGCGCGGGUGGACUACAUGGGCUCCAGCAUCCUGAUGGGGGUCUUCAGUAACGCUGACCUGCAGCUGCAGGACGAGUGGAAGGUCAACCUGUGCACCGUGGACACCAGCCUGUCGGAGAAAAGUGAAAUCUUCGUCCACGGAGACCUGCAGUGGGACAUUUUCCAGGUGAUCAUUUCACGCUCCACCACACCCGACCUCAUCAAGAUCGGCAUGAAGCUGCAGGAGUUUUUCACCCAGCAGUUCGACACCAGCAAGCGGGCCCUCUCCACCUGGGGCCCCGGCCCCUACCUGCCCCCCAAAACCCCCGUCAUCAACACGGAGAAAGGGUCUGCAGAGCUCUACAUGGACGCAGCCCAUCACCGCCACUGGCCCGGCGUGCUGAAGGUGAUCGCCGGCUGCCACAUCUCCCUGUUCCAGAUGCCUCUGCCCGAGGACGCCGUGCAGCUGGGCGGCUCCAUGAGUCUCCACGGCAACCACAUGACCCUGGCCUGCUUCCACGGGCCCAACUUCCGCUCCAAGUCCUGGGCCCUGUUCCACCUGGAAGAGCCCAACAUCGCCUUCUGGACGGAGGCUCAGAAGAUCUGGGAGGACGGCUCCCAAGAUGAUUCCACCUACAUAGUGCAGACACUGGACUUCCAUCUUGGUCAUAACACGAUGGUGACCAAGCCCUGCGGGGCCCUGGAGAGCCCCAUGGCCACCAUAACCAAAAUAACCCGGAGGCGGCAUGAAAACCCCCCACAUGGAGUGGCCACGGUCAAAGAAUGGUUCAACUACGUCACUGCCAUGAGGAACGAAGAGCUGAACCUGCUCAGGAACGCUGAGGCCAACAACCAGGAGGGCGGAGCGGCUGCCAAGAGCUCCAGCCUGCUGAGCAGCUUCCGCAGCUCCUCCAGCUACAACCACGAGACGGAGACCAUCUUUGCUCUUCCCAGAAUGCAACUGGACUUCAAGUCAAUCCACGUACAGGAUCCUGAAGAACCUUCGCUAACAGACACAGACAGCAAACCCAAAGUGGAGUGCAGCGUGGUGACGGAAUUCACAGACCACAUCUGUGUCACCAUGGACGCCGAGCUCAUCAUGUUCCUUCACGACCUGGUUUCUGCAUACCUGAAGGAGAAGGAGAAAGCCCUGUUCGCCCCGCGGAUGUUUGCGACCCGCCCCGGUCAGAAGAGCCCGACCGCCCUGCACGACGACGGCUCCUUGGACAAAGACGACGGCAUCAACUACACCACGGUGGACUGGAGGGAGUUCAUGUGCAACACCUGGCACCUGGAGCCCACCCUCAGGCUCAUCUCCUGGACAGGGCGUAAGAUCGACCCGGUGGGUGUGGACUACAUCCUGCAGAAACUGGGCUUCCACCACGCCCGGACUACAAUUCCCAAGUGGCUGCAGAGGGGGGUGAUGGACCCGCUGGACAAGGUGCUGUCGGUGCUCAUCAAGAAGCUGGGCACCGCGCUGCAGGACGAAAAGGACAAGAAGGGGCGGGACAAGGAGGAGCACUGAGGAACUGUCACUCACUGAAGUCACUACACACUGGAUCACAAAGGCCACUACUGUACAACCCAUUUUAACAGCCUGUGAAUUUCAGCUCAGUUGUUUACGUGGUCUGUGCCACUAAGCGGCUCAGACUGAAGCGUUUUGCACCAAUGUCGUUUUCUGUAUAUUUUGAACAAAGUAGAUAGAGUUAUUCGCCUGCUUUAAUGGUAAAACCCCUGCCUCUUUUACCUGUUGUAAAUGACCUUACUGAUGAAAUCGCUUGAAAGUUUAUUUUAAAGCUUACCACUAUUUCAUGAGAAAUUAUUUCUUAUACCAUUGCCUUUUCUUUGUUUCCCAUGGAACACAUGGUAGAUAUGCUUUAUGUAUUUUAUAGUGUAGUUUUAAGAUAUUUAAGAACAGUUCAGUGACCGUGUUCUUGAUUUUUUUUUUUUUUUUGAUGUGAACAAAUAAAUACUGAGAGAUUACGGCACAUGAUUAGCUCAGUCAUCACUAUUUAUGGUUAUGUGAAAUGUCUUUAACAUGUAUGAGCUUGGUGUGUCAAGCUUUUGUUUGUCCUUUUUUUAAAUCCAUACAGUAGAACCAGUGUAUAUAAUUACAUUUCUUAAAUAUGUUGAUUUCCUAACUUAAUAAAAUAUUGCCAUUCAAUUUUAAA